UCCCACCUGCGUUGACUUUUAAGGAGGGAACUUGCGGUGCAUCACAUCUCACCUUUUCUCCUCGAUCCCUCAUGUCCCUCAAUCAACGGCAGCAGCCGCUGCCGACGGUGGCUAAACACGGCCUACUGAUGUCCUCGCGUGCCUCUUUCAGCGCCGCCCAGCCACAAGGCAUCGUGUCUUCCUUCCUCCUCAGUCGGUCCGGCCUUCUCUCGGUCCUCGUGCUCCUCCUCUUCCUUGUCGUCUUCGUCCCACUGCCCGGUCGUCGACCCAUGUUCGCCCUCUUCUCCUCCUCCGGCGACUACGGACCCGUAUCCCGAUGGAAGGACUACACGCUGGCCCGCGCUGCGGCCUCCGCUGCCCGCAACGGCACUCUCAUCGUUUCCGCCGUGAGCGAACCCUUCCUCCCCUUGCUGAACAACUGGCUCAUCAGCGUCGCACGGCAGAAGCGGCAGGACCAGGUGCUUAUCUUCGCAGAGGACUACGCCACCCUCUACGAGAUCAACCGCCGGUGGCCUCGCCACGCCGUCCUGGUCCAGCCCGCUCCUGAUUCCCAAACUGCCCACAAUUUCGGAUCUCAGGGAUUCUUCAACAUCACAUCGCGGCGGCCUCGCCACUUGCUGGACAUUCUGGAGCUAGGAUACAGCGUCAUGUACAACGACGUCGACAUGGUGUGGGUGGCGGAUCCAUUCCGUUACCUCGAAGGCAAUCACGAUGUAUACUUCGCCGACGAUGAGGUCGCCGUGAAGCCCCUAAAUCACUCUCAUGACUUGCCGCGGCCAGGGACCAACGGCAAGACCUACGUCUGCAGCUGCAUGAUUUUCCUCCGUCCGACGAGGGGCGCCAAGAAGGCGUUGAGCAGUUGGAUCGAGGAAAUCCAAAACCAGCCCUGGUCCGAGAACACGCACACGAACGACCAGCCUGCGUUCAAUUCUGCUCUGAACAAAACUGCAGGAGAGGUGGACUUGUACUUGUUACCUCAAGCUACAUUCCCACCGGGAGGGUUAUACUUCCGGAACGGGGAUUGGGUGGAGAGAACUCGAGGCCUGCACGCCAUCGUCCACAACAACUACAUCGUAGGCCUUCAAAACAAGAUACAACGUUUCAAAGACUACGGGCUCUGGCUGGCGGAUAACCACACUGAUGAAUCACCACUCGGCAGAAUAUAAGCCAACAAGAUCCACUCAACUCAACUCAACUCAACUCCAGGUUUUACCUUGUUGCAAGUUUUCCUUUAAAAGUUUGAACGAUUCUUUAUUUAUUAUUAAAUAAAAAAUAUUACCUCAUUUUAAUUUGUAUUAAUCCUAAAUAUCUUCUAAUUUAUUUUGAUUUUUUACUAAUAAUCUCAAUGAUGAAGAGUUUUAUUUUUUCAGGAAAAAAUUAAUUUCUCUUUUGGAUGAGCCCUGCU